AUGAAGAAAUUUUUUCCUGUGCUUUCUAGAGACAAAGCUACUUCUUCGGUAAAUCUAGAAGCAUCGGAAACUCAACAUCCAAGUGAGAGUAUUAAAGUUGUCGAUUAUGAAUUGUUGGAAACCGAUCCAGGAAUUAGGCCUCCAAUUUCAAGCUAUCAUCCUGACAUCCAAAAUGAGGUAAGGAAAGCUUAUUUAAAAAUAGGUCGUCAUAAACCUCCUUACAAUUUUGUUUACCCUUGGUCUGUUCAAGGUAAUCAAAGACGUAGAUUUUGUAAAAAUUGGUUUGAUUUGUAUGAUUGGAUUGAUUAUAGUGAAUCUAAGGACCUGGCAUUUUGCUUGCCAUGUUUUUUGUUUAAGAAUGUCUCUAAAUAUGGGGGAGAUCACUUUGUGACAGAAGGGUUUGGUGAUUGGAAGAAUUCUCACAGAUUGGCUAAUCAUGGAACUUCUUCAAUUAGUCAUAUUGAUUGUGUGCAUAUGAGUUACGCUCUCAUGAACCCAAACCAAAGUAUUAAGGCUGCAUUUGUUAAUCAAACUAAACAAAUGAAUUCUGAAUAUCGUGUUCGUGUAAACACAUCUCUUAUAGCUACUAAGUUUCUUUUGAGGUGUGGCAUGCCAUUUAGAGGGAGUGACGAGUCCUUUAACUCUUUAUUUAAGGGGCCAUUUCUUGAGUUGGUGGACACUCUAAAGGAAAUUAACCCAGAGAUAACUAAGGUAAUAAAUUAUGCUCCAGGAAAUAACUUUAUGACUGCCCUUAAGAUUCAAAAGGAUCUUGCUGCUGCUUGUGCAUGUGAAAUAACUAAACAAAUUGUAUGUGAUAUUGCGGAUGAUGUGUUUUGUGUUUUGAUUGAUGAAUCCGGUGACGUUGCUGGUAAAGAACAAAUGGUUGUUGUUAUUCACUAUGUUAAUAGUGAUGGUUUGGUAAAAGAAAGGUUUCUUGGGAUUGUUAGUGUUAAAGAAACAAGUGCUAAGUCACUUAAGGAGGCACUUGAGAAGUUGUUGUCUAUUAAUGGCUUGAGUUUAUCUAGCAUAAGGGGGGCAAGGAUAUGA